AUGAAAUGUAUCGACACUUCAGCACGACACCCAAGACGGGCGCAAGUGACGAGCUACUACGAUCCCCUGGAAUAUAUCAUCGAUAUACCGGACUCGCCGCCAGAAGCGCCUAGUCGAAGGAAGAAGGAGAACCGGAAGUUCAAGUGUCGAUUCUGUAACUACUUGGCGACAUCGGCGAGCAACAAAGAUAAGCACGAGAGGGUCCACACAAAAGAGAAAACGAUGCAGUGCGCGUAUUGUGACUAUGCGACAGCUGACAGCAGCAACUACAACAGACACCUACGGAGGAAGCAUAAUAUUCACGAGCUGGAUCGGAACGUUCCGAUGUCGCCCGAUGAUUCCCAGGAGUGCAUCCGGUGUCCGUAUUGCGAACAAACUAGCGGCAACAUGGAGAGUUUCGAGGUACACGUCAGGGUUAAGCAUAAUGGAGGCUGA